CCCAGCACCACUCCUCCUCCCCUUCCUCCUCCUCCGUCUCGUCAUCUACAGCACAUCAAAACCAUAGACUGUCGCCUCACUCCCGCAUCUACGACCUCCAUCGACUCAUCUGCUCAUCUCUCUCUCCUGUGUGAUUCAUCCUUCAAACAAACUAGCAUCAUGGUUAGCCAUAAGGAGUUUGAAACUGCAGGGAAGAAGCCAGGGCUGCAGGUGUGGCGUAUUGAGAACAUGGACCUCAAGCCGGUUCCCAAAGCCCUGUACGGCUCCUUUUACACCGGAGAUGCCUACCUGCUGCUCUUCACCACCUCAGCCCCAUCAUACAACAUUCACAUGUGGUUGGGGGAUGAGUGUUCACAGGAUGAGAGUGGAGCGGCAGCGAUCUUUGCCUCACAGCUGGAUGACUUCCUGGGUGGUGGCCCGGUGCAGUACAGGGAGGUGCAGAACUACGAGUCCAACACUUUCCUGGGUUACUUCAAGUCAGGCAUCAAGUACCAGAAAGGAGGUGUGGCCUCAGGUUUCAAACAUGUAGUGACCAACGGCGUGGAUGUAAAACGCCUGCUGCACGUUAAGGGGCGCAGGGUCAUCAGAGCAACCGAGGUCAAUAUGUCCUGGGACAGCUUCAACAAAGGAGACUGCUUCAUCAUUGACCUGGGAAAGGACAUCUAUCAGUGGUGCGGCAGUGAGUGUAACCGUUUCGAGCGGCUGAAGGCCUCCGAGGUCACCAUCGACAUCAGGGAUAAUGAGAGGAACGGCAGAGCCAAAGUGCAUAUGGUGGAGGAGGGGGGCGAGCCGGCUCCCAUCAUAGAGGUUCUAGGACCAAAAACCUCCAUCGCCCCCAGUAUUCCGGAUGACGACAAGGUGGAGACUUCCAACAGGAAGAAGGCUGCCCUCUACAUGAUCUCAGAUGCAUCUGGCUCUAUGACGAUGUCGUCUGUGGCUGCAUCCAGUCCCUUCAAACAGGCCAUGCUGUCUCCAAAGGAGUGCUACAUCCUGGACAACGGGGUGGACAAGACCAUCUUUGUGUGGAAAGGCCCUCAGGCCACUGUGUCGGAGCGUAAAGCAGCCAUGGCUGCAGGUCAGAAGUUCAUCACUGAUAAGGGAUACAGCAAAAAUACAACGAUCCAAGUACUUCCUGCAGGUGGCGAAACGUCUCUCUUUAAGCAGUUCUUUUCCGACUGGAGGGAUAAGGAUGAGACCACAGGUCCCAGUAAGGCCUACACUAUUGGCCGCAUAGCCAAAGUGGAGCAGGUUCCCUUUGAUGCCUCCACCCUACACACAAACAAAGCCAUGGCAGCGCAGCACGGCAUGGUGGACGAUGGCAAGGGCAAAGUCCAGAUCUGGCGUGUCGAGGAUGGUGCAAAUGUGCCCGUGGAUCCCUCCUCCUAUGGUCACUUCUAUGGGGGCGACUGUUACCUCAUCCUCUACAGCUACAGACAGGGAUCACGGGAGCAGCACAUCAUAUACACAUGGCAGGGGCUGAAGUGCACACAAGACGAACUGGCCGCUUCGGCGUUCCUCACAGUGAAGCUGGAUGACUCAAUGGGAGGAGCCCCAGUUCAGGUGAGAGUGUCACAGGGUCAGGAGCCUCCCCACCUGAUGAGCAUCUUCAAGGACAAGCCAAUGAUCAUCCACAGUGGGGGAACGUCACGCAAAGGUGGACAGACGAAAGCCGCCAGCACUCGCCUCUUCCACAUCCGGCAGAGCUCCUCCAAUGCUACCCGUGCGGUGGAGGUCCAAGCUACUGCCUCCAAUCUGAACACCAACGAUGUUUUUGUGCUGAAAACGCCAAGUGGCUUGUUUGUGUGGCGUGGCGUGGGCGCCAGCGAUAAAGAGAUGGAAGCAGCCAAGCAUGUGGUGGCUUUCCUGGGUGGUAGUCCCAGCAAUGUGUCAGAGGGCAAGGAGCCAGCUUCCUUUUGUCCCAUCUCUCAGGUGGAAGAAGUUCCUGGAGACUUCACUCAGUCAGAUCUGGCCACUGAUGAUGUAAUGCUCCUUGACACCUGGGAUCAGGUCUACAUUUGGAUUGGCAAUGAUGCCAAUGACGUGGAAAAGGAAGGAGCUCCCAAAAUAGCAAAAGAAUAUGUGGACUCGGAUCCCUCCGGUCGCAAAGGAAUCCCCAUCACCACCAUCAAACAGGGAGCAGAGCCUCCAACUUUCACUGGCUGGUUCCAGGCUUGGGAUCCCAAGAUGUGGGACACAGAUCCAUUGGACCGAAUCCGUGCCCGCUUCUGAACACAGAACUCCCGGCUCUCCGUCUCUGUCUGACUCCUUACCUAUCCUGCAGUCCCUAAUGCUGUUUUUAUUCAUUUUAAUUUCAAUCCCCAAGUGCCAAAAACCAAUGCUAUCGUCGUUAUCACCCUUAAUAGCUGCCUCUGCAACAGUGCAGUGUACUGAGCUUCAUAAACAGGAAUGAAUCACAUCUGCAUGCAAACGAUGGCUUCUGCUAGCAGUUAUGUUUAAUUGAUCAAAAUGGUUGAUUGAUCAUGUCCAAAAGCCUUUACAUGUUUAGCAAAUACCCACUGAGGGCUCUAAUAGGAAUGAAAAAAAUACGAAAGCCAUUUAGGCAGCUGGACAAAUCCUCUGUUUCUGUUUUUUUUACUGUUCUACUUGUGUGUUCAGAAGCAGCCAUUCUCUCAUGCUUUCUUUACAGUUUCUAUAUCAAAACAGCUUACUUCUUCAGUACACAUAAAUGCAUGGUGUUUUAUGAUUGAUAAUGGAAAGUUGUAUACUUGCUAUGAGUUGCACGGAGCUUUUUUGGGGUGGAGGAAUCUGUGCUCAUGAAUUUAAGAGUCACACAAUGGUAAAUGGCCUGUAUUUAUAAUGCGGUUUUCUAGUCCCCAAGGACCCCAAAGUGCUUCACACAAUCAGUCACCCACCCAUUCACACAAUGGUAUGUGUAUGUCACAUGUUAAAAAUCUAUUAAAUGGGAUUUUCACAUAGAUGACUUUUAAAUAAAGCUCACAGUGUUUCAAA